GCGAUGUUUCUAGUGUGACGUAUAAUCUAGUGGACGGAACGCUUCUUCAACAACUGCAGCCACCUCGGUAGCUCGCUAGCCAACAAAGUCGGAACAGUCAAGUUCUUUAGACAAUUUCGUGGUUCAUUUUCCACAAUGAUUUAAACAUACUCAUGUGGAAACAACUAGCUACCCCAUUUAAUGUAAUAUUUAAGUUGUAAGUCAACUAGCUGGCUGGUUAAAUUAGCACUGGUCUAGUCGCUAAUGCUAACUAGCUAACAUCCCCGAAAAUGAGUUCACUAAGCUACUCUCCUCCUGCUAAAGAAGAGAGGAUCUGCUGGACGGAGAAAGAAGUUCUCGUGAAAGAGGAGGAAGAAGAAGAGGCUGUUACAAUACAAAAACAAGUAGAGAGUGAGGCUGUUACAGUGAAAGAAGAAGAGAAAGACGCCUUCAGAGUGAAAGAGGAAGGGGCUGUUAUUGUGAAAGAAAAGGAGGAAGAUGCAGUUUUUGGAAUGGAGGAUGAAGUGAAAGAAGAUGAAGACGUUUUUGGAAUGGAGGAUGAAGAGGGGGAGAUUACUGUCACAUUAGAGGAGGACGAAGAAGAGAAGACUGGAGAACUGAUUAACACCAGUAAAUACAGAGAGAGACGGGACUAUCGUGGAUCCUCUGGAGAUCCUCAACAAUAUCAUGAUGCUGAUGAGGCAGAGAGUCUCUCCAGAUCAGAACUCCGCAAGAAACACCAGCAGAGAUUUAUAGGGAAGAAAUCUCACUGCUGCUCUGACUGUGGGAAAAGAUUCAACUCUUCAUCAGACCUUAAAAUACAUCAACGAAUUCACACUGGAGAAAAACCUUAUGGCUGUGAUCACUGUGGGAAGUGUUUUACUACAUCUAGCUAUGUAACUAUACACCAGAGAACACAUACAGGAGAGAAACCAUAUGUCUGUAGUCAAUGUGGGAAGAGUUUUAUACGGCUACAAACCCUGAAAGCACACCAUAGAAUACAUACUGGAGAAAAACCUUUUGGCUGUGAUCACUGUGAGAAGAGUUUUUCUACAUCUAGCUAUCAGAUUAUACACCAGAGAACACACACAGGAGAGAAACCAUAUAGCUGUAGUCAAUGUGGGAAGUGUUUUACACACAUCAAAAGCCUGAUCGUACACCAGCGGACACACACAGGAGAGAAACCUUAUAGCUGUAAUCAAUGUGGGAAGAGUUUUUCCACAUCUAGCUAUGUAACUAUACACCAGAGAACACACACAGGAGAGAAACCUUAUAGCUGUAAUCAAUGUGGGAAGAGUUUUACUCAGCUAAACAGCCUGAUAGUACACCAGCGGACACACACUGGAGAGAAACCUUUUAACUGUGAUCAAUGUGGGAAGAGUUUUGCUACAUCUAGCUGUCUGAGGACACACCAGAGAACACACACAGGAGAGAAAUCUCUUAGCUGUAAUCAAUGUGGGAAGAGAUACUCUGAUAAAAGAUCACUGAUUAAACAUCAGAAAAUACAUGGAGUUGUUUCAUGAUAUCAAUGAAAUGAUGUCUCAAUGUAGAACCUAAACGUUUGCCCCCUGUUCUAUUGAUUUCAGCAUGAUAUGGAUAUUAGCCUCGGGACAAAUCCAGGCUCUGAAUUGAUAAAGUACUAUUUAUAAGCUUUAACAAAAACUGACUAACAAAAAAUUAGUUGUGUUACACUUACCACGUUGGUGACCCACUUUAAUUAAAAUGCAACACUUCAAAAUGUAGCGAGCUGUUUUCUACAAAUUGUCCUCUAACCAAUGCUGUACACAUUAUUCUCAGAUUCCGUGUGGUUUUUAAGCUCUUAACUCAUCGAUAUCAUGUUGAAAUAAAUUAUGACUGAUAA